AUGACCUCCCCCGAGUUUUUUGGCUCGUUGAGUAGAAAGCCCCCCACUACGUUGGCAGAGCUGAUGAAGAGGGCAGAGAAAUAUAUAAGGCAGAAUGAUGCCUUGGUGACGAGUAGAUUCGCCAAGGGGGCGGAAGACAGAGGAAAAGCCCCCAAAGAAAGGAGGUCGAAAAGGCAUGAGAAGAAACAGAGCAAGAAACCUGAGCCCUACAGGCAGCCCUGGGACCAGAGAGACCAGAGACCUUUCCCUCCUCGGGUUCCAGAACAAAAGCCAUUCCCUCCGCGUAUUCCGGAGAACCUAACCCCGCUCAACACCUCCAGAGCCGAAGUGCUCAUGGCAGUACAGGAUAAGGAGUUCCUUCAAUGGCUCAGGCCUAUGAGAGUAGAAGCAAACCAACGAGAUCCUGACAAAUACUGUCAGUAUCAUCGUACACAUGGCCAUGACACCAACAACUGCUACCAACUGAUCAGUGAGAUCAAAAGGCUGAUCAAGAGGGGCCACUUACGGAACUUUGUGAAGAAACCAGAAGGAGAAAGGCCCCAGCCGAAUCCUACAGCAGAGAGGCCUCGGAGAGUUGGAGCAGGGCCGGUGAAUGAUGGCUCCAGUGGAACCAUCAAUAUGAUCGUUGGGGAAACCGAAGGUCGGAUGAGUCGAAGGGGAAAGAAGAGAGGUCGAGAUGGGGAAAGCAGCAACACCGAAGUCAUGCAGGUAGUUGAACACUCUCCAAUGACCAUCACCUUCUCUCCGGAGGAUGCCCAGGGUGUUCAGAUGCCUCAUGACCAUGCCUUAGUUAUUGAAGCUGUCAUCCACAGCUACUGGGUUAAGAAGAUCUUGGUGGAUGACUGGAGUAAGGUGAAUUUACUGCUGUACAGGGUCUUCCAGCAAAUGGAAAUCCCUGAGGAGCAAUUGGUUCGGGACAAGGCCCCAGUCAAAGGGAUCGGAGGAGUCUCAGUGCCUGUGGAGGGGAAAGUAAAGCUGGCUUUCGCUCUAGGAGAAGCGCCAAGGACCCGCACUCAUUAUGCGGUGUUCUUAGUAGCCAAACUCCCCUUGAGCUACAACGCAAUAUUGGGAAGACCUGCGCUAUUUGACUUUGAGGCCGUAACCAGCAUUAGAUAUCUGGCUAUGAAGUUUCCAAUAGAGGCAGGAGUGGGAGUAGUCAGAGGAAGCCAGGAAGAGGCAAGAGCAGUGUACCUGGCCACGGUGUCAGAGCCGAGCUCGGCAGGGGAGAAGCUCGACUCAGAAGUUCUAGAGGUCCGAGAUGAGAAAAAAGAGGCCAGAACAGAGCCGGUCAGAGAGCUGGAGACCUUUCCCUUAUCAGAAGUAGAGACAGAUAAGGUCUUCAGUCUUAACGCUGGCCUCACUAAAGAGCAGAAAACGGAAGUCAUAGCCCUGAUCCGAGGUCACGCGUCAAGCUUCGUCUGGAAGCCUUCUGACAUGCCCGGAUUGAUCCCAGAGUGA